UAUAUAACAUAUUGAACUGUUUACUUAAUGGAAAUAUUGAUUACUAUAAGAAUGAAAAUGAUGAGCGAAGACGGACUAUGAUGAAGAGAAUAAACCCUUAUUUAGAUAAAUGGUAACUUUCUAUCUAAAAGUUCUUAUCUCAGAUGUUUAACAUUUAUAAAUUCAACUUAGAUUGACGAGUCCCUGGACUACAUCAGGGCUGACUGCUUAGCUUCCAUGAAAAAAUUGAAGUACAAAGUUUUUCUCUGUGUUGAGGAUAGGACUACAGUUCAGUAUGCCUAUUGUGAAUGUCCCAUUGGUCUAGCCCAAACAUGCAGCCACAUUGGAGGACUGUUGUUUUAUUUACACCAUAUGCAUCUCACAGAGGUGCUAAAGGCAGACAGUGCAACCUCAAGGCCAUGUCAGUGGAACGUCCCUCGUCCACUGAAGAUGGACCCCAUGCCCUUGAGGGAAUGGAAUCUCGGGCGACCGAAAUUGACAACAGAGGGGGAACUGGAGUACCAUGAGAGGAAACAAUUAGACUUUGAUCCUCGGCAUCCUGAAGAGAGAGACUUUGAUUCCACACAUGCCAUGGAACAUUUGAUGAUGUUAAAAAAAAUAUUUCCCAAAACUGGCAUGAGUCACUUAUGGACCAUUCCAGAUGAGACACCUAAUCCAUCUGAGGAAAUUGAAGUCAAGACAACAGAGGAUCCCCUGGAGACAUCAAUGAAAAGUCUUGUCUUGUCUGAGGAGAACUUGCCCAUUCCAGUUUCUAUUGAAGAAAGCCUAAGUGCCUACAUUGAGAAGAGAACAAGAGGCCAAAGAACAUGUGAUAUUUGGAGGGAUCUGCAGAGAGGAAGAAUAACCAGUUCAUUAUUUGGUCUAGUUCUGAAAUCUGGAAAAAAUCCACAAAGCCUAGUGAAGCAGAUUAUUAAUGGAUCAAGUUUAGACAGGUACCAGACACUACCUUCCCCAGUCAAGUGGGGUGUGGAAAAUGAGCAAAAUGCCCUUAAAGAUUACUUGGCCCUCCAAAAUGCCAUAACCAAUCUCAGAGUAGAGGGGUCUGGACUCACCAUAUAUCCAUCCCAUGCAUUUCUGGGAGCAACCAGUGAUGGAUGGGUAUAUGAUGAGUCCAUGCCAGAGGGAAAUGAAAGAGGAGUUCUGGAAAUUAAAUGCCCUUACUCUAUCAACAGUGAAGUCAUUACUGACAAAGAGGUGCAUGAACUGGUUGGAAGAGAAGGUUUUUUCUUAGAAGACACUGAUGAAGGACCCAGACUGAGAAGAGAUCACAAGCAUUAUGCCCAAAUACAAGGGGAGAUGGCCAUCAUGGGCUGUACGUGGGGUGACUUUGUUGUAUGGACUGCAGCUAGGCAGAGCAACUGUUUUAUAGAGAGGAUAUAUUUUGAUUCAGAUUUCUGUUCUUUGAUGAUGCCUAAACUUGUCGAGUUUUUUGUUUCACGCAUAUCAUCUUCAUACCUUAAAAUGUAAAUGUUCUUCAAUAAAGAAAUUAGCCAUCGUUUUUAAACAUUUAUAGGAAUAUUGAUAUGGGUAGGUCAAAUUC